AUGACCUCGGCUGGCCCUCAGCUCACUAUCCAGACGUUUCUCAACCCCUUCGAACUCUGCUCUGAUUCGCGGACUCACGGAUAUCAAGGAACAUCGCGGAAUGUUAGACUAACGCGUGUAACACCUGCUGGAGGAGGCUCAAUAGCGAGAAGCGAGGAUGGUGUCCGGUGUGCAGUCACCGGCAAGGAAUCUCUCAGAAUAAUCCGUGUCUCCGAACCCUCCCAAGACGCCAAUCACGAACACAAGUUCGCCAUCGGGAGGGGUGGCCACAGGAUCGACGCGUCGCGCAAUUUUUGGGAAGGAAGCGGGCUCAAGAUCGAUAGCGCCAGCACCGACGUGGCUUGGGGUCAUGGUCUGUUCAAUAACAAAAUCUUGACCAGUGCUCGCAAUGGCGAGUUGAUUAUGUGGGAUCUGAACAAAUCCGGUGUAACAAAGUACGAACGCAGGACGAAGGACCACAUUCGUUCAAUCCACAAGAUGUCAGUGUCGCAAGUUGUUCAUCACUACUGCAUCACCGGCUCCGCGGACGGGCAUAUGCGAGUGUGGGACCUUCGUGACAUGUCGAAAUCCAUCAUGCGCGUGCACCACCCCACUUCCGUGCGGAGUCUUGUCUUCUCACCUAGUCUUUGGGAGCCGUUGCAAGCGGUAGUAGGCCUGGACAAUGGGAGCAUCUAUCGAUGGGAUCUCAAAAUGGGCCAGCGCGGGCAACUCGACAAACUACCUGUCGCACAUACAGCAGCUGUCACAACUCUGGAUUGGUGUCGUGCAGGAGGCGUUCCGUUGGGAGGUGCGGCAGUUGUCGCAGGCGGAGAGGUUGCUGGUAGUGGUCUCGGUUGGCUCGUUAGUGCGGGUUUGGAUCGUUGUGUCAAGAUUUGGGACCUUACUGCACCUGGUUCGAACACACAUAUACCCCACAAACCAACAUAUACCCUCCAUCCGUCGUUCGCUGUUCGUCGCGUGGCGUGGCGACCAGGUUAUGAGUGCGAAAUUGCGAUCGUCUCAAGCACAGAUUACGCGACACCCUCGGUAGAUAACUCUCAGCCGUCGCCAAAUACUGCUUCUCCUAGUCUUCUCACAAGGGUAGGCAGCGGCCUUGGUUUAGACUUGCUGUUGAAGGGGUCUAACAAUCUCGAGAGUAUCUACGGCGCAAAGGAGAAGCUCAACACACCUGAUACCAAGAUUCUGCCGGCUGUUUCUUCUCUCGGGGAUGCGGUGGAGAUAUGGGAUGCCCGGCGGGGGUGGAUAGCGAAGUGGUCUGUUACUGGCUCUGCUGCUGAGGGCGGUGUUUCAGAUAUCGUCUUUGGGGAUUCACAUGCAAUCUGGGCGCAACAUGCAAGCGGAACAUUUUCUCAAUUCGACCUGCGGGAUACUACGAAGCCUUUGGAUGCAGUUCCUCGUGUGGCAGCAACUUGGGAAGCAACUGGUUCUAUUGCUUUCGUUGUCGACCGAAAGGAACGCUGGGAGAUCCCCUAUGACGACAUACACCCUGACAAACGUGCCGCGCCGGAAUUACGUAAACCUCCCAUAAAGACGUUAGGUGACCCUUCCGCACGAGUCACGACCCAAGUAGCAGCGACAUAUGCCCAUAAUUUCACAACCGAUGAUCUGGAAACAUUCACCACUCUGGCAAGGCGAUAUGUCUUUGAAGGCCGAGAUAGGCAGGAGAUAUGCGCCUAUAACUCCGGAGUGGCUAUAUCUGUUGGUCAUGAAAUGGCAGCCCAAGUCUGGCUGCUUCUCGGCGCGUGUCUGGUCCAAUACGUACCCGACUAUCCUCCAACCCCACCACUCUCACCUGUUGGCAGAAAAGCCAAGCAAAUCCCUAGUCCACUACUUCCCCAUGCCUCUCCGCAACCCUCGUCGACCACCAGUCCAUACACCUUCCCUAUCUCGCUGAACCCCAAAGCGGAAACGCCCUCAUCUGGCCAAAAGAUCAGUCCGGCCAGGAGAUCAGCGGAUGCGUCACUCUCUCGACGGACAAGCUCCGGUCGUACACCAUCCACAUCGAACUCUCGCAAGCUGACACCUACUUCCUCUGCAUCCUCUUCACCGCGCCAUCCACCGGUAUCGCUGCCGCCUAUUACUCCCCGUCGAGCAUCUUUCUUUGCUCGACGAGAGUCCAUCGAUGCUUCGACGCUCAGCCGGUCAGUUAUACGGCGGCCAUCGGUAUCUACCACCGGCCAAAGCGCCAGCCCGAGCGAUAAGACGACGCCGAGUCUGCGACACGUUGGGGAAGGGGUGUUGGAUGAUUCCGAUUCGUCUUCUGGUAGUGAGGAGGGUGAGGGAGGAGACGAGACGGCCGGGGCCAACUCGAGCGAGGAGGACCUCCGCCUCCGAGCGCUAACAUCGCCCCACGUGAAUGUCCCGCGGAUUGGACCUGUCCCAAGCCCUCUCUCACGCGUUGCUGGCAGGCAGAAGUGGACGGAGGACCAGGGUGACGAAGAGCAAGGAUGCGACGACGACGACGACACUUCGCCCUCGCCGCAGUCAACGUCUGACACCGACUCACAUGGCUCCAGCUCUCCACAUAAACGAUCCGUGUCUGCAAGGCCUGCCCGCGGGCGGAACGUAAGUCGCAUCAAAUCUCGGAGUCGAAGCUCGACUGUUGCUUCGCUCGCUGCGACGUCCAUCCCGGGACCGAGGCCGCUCGUGCACCAGGAUUCGCAAAGCAGCAUACGGACGGUAACCGCUAUGAAGGAGCAAGAGGAUCAGGAUGAUGACGGCGAUGCAGACUCUAAUGCUAGCGUAGCGUCUGGAUCAUAUUAUCGCCCUACGGAGACACGCGGAGGGCAUACAAGGCAGAAGUCGCAGGCGAUAUCAGAGCCUGCUGUGACUUCCUUGAGGCCGCCCAUAGAUGUGGAGGAAGAGGACUCCGUCAGUGAGGCGAGCUUUACGGAAAGGACGAUGGAGAUCAUCAGGGCGGAUGAGAAGAGGUUUAAGGAGACAACGUUGGCCGCACUGCAGGAUGUUCUGGAGAAAAUUUCUGAAGAGGGUGAUAUCCAGAUGUGCGCGAUGAUGGCACUCGUUGCGUCUGAAGAACUAGGGGUUUCUCCUCGGCGAGUGCGCCGCUUUUUGGAUGAAUACAUCGACAUCCUAACACGUCUUCGGUUAUUUACGUGCGCUGCCUAUGUGCGCAAAUUUUGUGAUAUUCAAGAUCUCCAAGAAAAGAGUCGGCUGGAGACGGUCAUCUAUACGAUGUGCGCCAAGUGUCAUAAACCUCUUCUCAAAGCCGCCGGGACCGUUAAUCUGAAGGAUUUGUCGAGAGGAGGUUUUUCAUUCUGUUUAUCUUGUAAGACGACUGUGUCCAAGUGUGCUAUAUGUCGGCUGCCUGUUCGUGCACUAGCCUUUCAAUGCUCCAUUUGCCAUCACGGUGGGCAUCAAGCGUGCUAUCGAGAGUAUUACAUGCGACACUCCAUGAUUGAUCUCCCCUCCUCAUUCCUCCCUACCUCCAACGACUUACGAGGGCGGACAUCCUUGCGAAAGUCACCUACUAUCCUUGAGGAUGACGCGAGUUCGACAAUCAGCAGCGUGGCAGAUACAUCUGCUAACCAGAGCCCUGUGAUGACAAGGUCGCCCAAACUAGCGGGCCAUCCGUGUGCGGCUGGAUGUGGGCAUUACUGCUGGGCGGCGAACAGGGAACAUGAAGACGUGUAA